UGCUUGUACUAUGACUUGGGACUGCCACAUCGUGAUCUAACAAAUGAUCAAGUCACCAUCGAUGCAUCGCAUGCUGUCCUAAAACACAAUGUUGGCAUAAAAUGCGCCACCAUCACUCCAGAUGAACAACGGGUCGAAGAAUUCAAAUUGAAGAAAAUGUGGCUGUCACCGAAUGGAACCAUCAGAAACAUUUUGGGUGGAACUGUGUUUCGUGAACCGAUCUUAUGCAAAAAUAUCCCACGUCUAGUGCCCGGAUGGACAAAUCCAAUCAUUAUCGGUCGACACGCUCACGGCGAUCAGUACAAAGCAAUAGACCUUGUCAUCGAUCGGCCUGAAAAAUUGGAAUUGGUAUUCACUGAUUUAACGGGCAAAAAGGAAAAGCAUGAAUUGUUCGAGUACAAAACCAGUGGCAUUGCUAUGGGAAUGUACAACACAGACGAUUCCAUUGCUUCAUUCGCUCAUUCGUCCUUCCAAAUGGCACUGCUGAAGAAGUGGCCGCUUUAUUUGUCCACAAAAAAUACCAUUUUGAAGAAAUACGAUGGUCGCUUCAAAGACAUCUUCCAGGAUAUCUACGAAGAAAAAUACCAAGGCGAAUUCGAGAAGCAGAACAUUUGGUAUGAGCAUCGUUUAAUCGAUGACAUGGUCGCACAGUGCUUAAAAUCAUCUGGCAAAUUUAUUUGGGUGUGCAAAAACUACGAUGGUGAUGUUCAAUCGGAUAUCAUUGCUCAAGGUUUUGGGUCGCUUGGAUUGAUGACCUCGGUUUUGGUCUGUCCAGAUGGCAAAACAAUCGAAUCGGAAGCUGCACACGGAACUGUAACAAGACAUUAUCGUCAACAUCAAAAAGGAAAGCCAACAUCAACGAAUCCAAUUGCAUCGAUCUAUGCAUGGACCCGUGGAUUGGCUCAUCGUGCCAAAUUGGAUAACACACCAGAACUGGACCGGUUUGCAUUCGCUUUGGAAAAAGCGUGCGUGGAUACUGUCGAAGCCGGUCUCAUGACAAAAGAUUUAGCUGCUUGUAUUCACGGUUUGCCAAACGUAACCGAAUCAAUGUAUUUGAACACAGAAGAUUUCCUCGAUGCGAUCGCCGACCAACUCAGCCGAUCCGUCGAUAUUUAA